AUGAAUCUACUUCAUUGCACUAAAGGGGACUUGGAUCAGCCAUUGAGCAUCCAUCUUGAACAAGUCGGCGAGCAGCCUCCGCCCUACGCCAUUCUCUCACAUGUCUGGGGAGAUGGCGAGGUCACGUUUCAGGACUGCGACGGUGUUGAUGAUAUAACGGCCAAGUCCAGCAUCACUUUGAAAAAAGGCUUCGCUAAGAUAGUGGCAGCAUGUGAACGGGCCCUGCAAGACGGAAUAGGAUAUGUCUGGGUCGACACUUGCUGCAUCGACAAAAGCUCCAGUGCUGAGCUAUCCGAAGCAAUCAACUCCAUGUUCCGCUGGUACGAGAUGUCGCAGAUAUGCUAUGCCUAUCUAGACGACCUCCAUGACCGAUUCAACCUGCGAUAUCUUCGAAAGAGCAAAUGGUUCACAAGAGGAUGGACGCUCCAAGAAUUGAUAGCACCGGUGGAAGUUAUGUUUCUCACCGCGGACUGGCAAGACAUUGGGACGAAGACCCAAUUCGCGGAACAGAUAUCAAGAAUCACACGGAUCAGAGAGUGUAUACUUGUCGAUGGACUGUAUGCGCACGAUACAAGCAUAGCGGAGAAGAUAUCCUGGGCAGCCAGACGACGUACGACCCGAGAAGAAGACCUUGCCUACUCCCUUCUGGGUCUCUUUGGCGUCCACUUGCCGCCUAUUUACGGUGAAGGGGGCUCAAAUGCGUUCAGGAGAUUGCAAGAGCAGAUCAUGCGUGUAUCUACCGAUCACACCAUCUUCACCUGGUGGGGACAAGGGUCUUCCAUCACCUCUGGAAUUUUAGCUUUGUCGCCAGACCAAUUUUGUGGCGCAACGCUUCAUCCCGUUCCAUUCGAUGUCUAUCGACAGGCAUUUGACCUUUCGCAGGCAAGACCUGAAUUUACUGUCACGAACUAUGGCUUGAACAUCCAGAUCCCUAUAGCGGAGAUCGGUCCGGAGUACCCAGGGUACUACUACGCGUUCCUCGCGGCGCGAUACCUAGGUGCGUCCACGCUAGAUGAGUGGGCUACAAUCUACCUUCACCGCCAGCCGGGAGGCGGUAUGCGUCAGUUCACUCGGACCAGUUUCAAGGGUAUGUGGAUGGAGCACAGGAAGAUAGGCCUCGAGGACUUCCACAAGGAAUCCAUCUUUAUCAAAAUGUCAGUCGAUACCUGGCCGCUUGUGUUGAAACAGGACUCGAGCGAUCCUUUCGGCACACCAUCCCUACGAGGUGUCUGCGGUGGACAGAUUGACCGACGAGUAUACAUGGCAUUUGCCAAAAAGCAUCCAACCAUCCACAUCGCGGAGUACUGGAUGAAUGACUGUCCUUUAAGAUGUAACGAGGUUCUCAUGCUCAGCUUCAAAAACCGAUGGGCUAUGAGAACCGAGUCGGGGCGGGAGAUAUUUCCCGACCUGCACAAAGCUACAGUAGCAAGGAGCAUACAGGCUGACUUUGUCGAGUUCGACCGGAGAACGUAUGAAAAUGGCCGGCAUCUAUACUUUGUCUCCAUCGAGCGAGAGAACCGUUUGGAUCGUCCGAAAGAGCUGUUCUUCCGCAUCACUGUUGGCAUGAGACCUGUGGUUUCUCGGAAAGCCCUCGGCAUAUUCCAAAUCAAGGAAAACGCAACGAAAUCUGUGGUUUCGGACGAGAUUGAUACCGGAUUCUUGAGAUUUGUCUAG